AUUUGAUGGCUCCUCAGAAAAUGCCUAACUCGUUCUCCAUUAAUUGCAUAUAAGAUAGGGAUUAGUUCUUUGGGGAGUAGUACAAAAUCACAAGCCCACAACGCAUCUGACUUCCUUUUCACACUGGCCGGCUCUGACGAGGAAGCGUGAUGAAUCUAUUGGUAGCUGCUGUGUUUCUGGCUGUGAGCCUGUUUGUAGUGUGUCCAGCAGAAGAUGCUGGUGAAGCUAGGUUAUUGGCAUCAAAGAACAUCCUCAACCAGUACCUUGUAGAAGGCAAAGAUUUGACAGUAGAAUAUAGAAUAUUUAACGUGGGAGGAAGUGCAGCUUUAGGAGUUCAACUAAAAGACGAUAGCUUUCCAGAAGCUGAUUUUGAAGUUGUGAAUGGAAACCUUCAAGUUCAGUGGGACAGAAUAGCUCCCAACUCCAAUGUGACCCACGCUGUCAUUUUAAGGCCAACAAAAUCUGGCUACUUCAACUUCACCUCAGCUGAGGUGAACUACAAGGCUUCAGAGGAGGCCACAGAGUCUCAGUUUGGCUACACCAGUGCUCCUGGAGAAGGAGGUAUUGUCAACAAAAAGGACUUUGAGAGGCGCUUCUCCCCACAUGUGCUGGACUGGCUGGUGUUCGCAGUGAUGACCCUGCCUUCACUUGGAAUUCCCUACCUCCUGUGGUACAGCAGCAAGAGCAGAUACGACACUCCAAAACCCAAGAAGAAUUAACAUUCUAUGCAAUCUUUAGUCACUCAUGCAUCACAAUAUGUUGUCCUUUUUUUUAAAAAUAAAACUUUACAAAUUUA